AGAAGAAAAAAGGUGCACUUUAAUUAGUCUAACCAUGUGCAUUUCAGAUGGAGGUUUCAACCAAACUGGAAAUCUUAACAAAGCAUCUCCAAUUACUUAAGAGAAAGGAGAACUGGGGAAAAGAAAUAUAUCGUGGUAAAGCUUGUGAUAGUAUCGUUAUUGAAGAGGAAUUCCCUCCACUAACAGCCCCCAUGAACACCGCAACAGCCCCCAUGAACACUGCAACAGUCCCCAUGUCGGCACUGGGAGCAACUGGGUUCAUUUCUGGAAAGCAGAGCUGGGCUGCGGAGGUCAGAUGUGGCAAGGACUGGUGCAUAAGUGCUGUCGGAGAGCCCAUCAAAAGGACGAGUACCGUCUUACUAAACCCGACAGUGGGUUUCUGGGUCAUUAGCUUGUGUAAUGAAGACACGUACUGGGCUCAGACCUCCCCUCGCACCAGGGUAUCGGUGAAGAAGAAACCGCACAGGAUUACUGUGGAGCAUGAGAAGGGAAAGGUGCUGAUUUAUCACCGAUACAUACGACUCAUAGAGGGAAUGUUCCCCUGCUUCUCCUCUGGUAUGUAUGAGGAAAAACUCCAGCUCUCUGACAAUUUAUCCCAUGACAGUAUCCGGAAGUGGAUGAAUAGUGGUAAAUACACUGAAAUUCUGUUAAUUUGA